AUGCUCAGUGGUAUUGAGUACGCUGUCAUUCUGCCCACAAUAUAUCGAUAUCUGCAGAUUUUGGAGGCACCUUCGUACUUCCUGGGCCUGGGGCUGUCUGCCUUCAGCCUGAGCGGGCUGUUGACUGGGCCGAUCUUUGGCUACUGGUCAGACCACAGCAAAACCACCAAAGGCAUCGUUCUAUUUUCCAAUGUCUUUGAGAUCGCCGGAAACUUCAUGUAUUUCAUUGGAUACUCAAAGUGGCUGUUGCUGGGAAGUCGACUUGUGGCAGGCAUCGGGGCUGGGGCAGGUUCUUCUAUUUUUGGCUUUUUGACUCGAACCACUCAACCUGAGGAGAGGGCCGGGAUCUUUGCUGCAAUUAUGGCGUGUCGACAAGCCGGCCUGCUUGUCGGGCCGGCGUUCAACUUGUUCUUGCGUCUGUGUGAUUUCAGACUGGGGCCCUUUGUUGUGAACAAGUAUACGUCUCCUGGGAUCUUCAUGUGCCUUCUGUGGGUGCUGCUCCAGUUUGUAGUCCUGGCUGCGUACUGGGACGUCCCGCCCCUCAGCUCCACGGAGGGGGGCACGGCCAUGCUGGAGAUGAAACAGGACGAGAGUGUGGAAGGGGAGGAGGAGGCCCCUCUCAUGGGCCCAGACCAAGAUCAGGCUGAAUACACCUACAGAACGGUGAACACUGACCUGCUCGACAACUCAUGUGAAAUGCAUCCCGUCCGCAAAGUGUCCAACCCCUUCAAAAACUUCAGCGCCAGCCGAGAGUUUCUGCGAGAGGAGGUGGUGGUUCUGCUGACGGCUCAGUUCAUAACGCUCUUCAAUCAGACGGCACUGGAGACGAUGGUGACGCCCAUGACACAGCGCUACUUUGGCUUUGGGGAGCUGGGGAACAGCCUCAUGUACAGUCUGUGUGGAGUGGAGGUGAUUCUGGGCUUCUUCUUUGUGCGCUGGCUGAGCAGGACCGUGUCGGACCGCGCCAUGUUGGCCGUCGGGCUGGUCAUCUGCAGCGUGGCCUGUAUCUGGUGCCUCAUCUUCCUGUGUGAACCAAGAGGUGGGUACAAAUGGGAGCUGUCGGCGUUUAUUAUCGGAGUCUUUCUGCAACUUCUGGGCCUUCCCUUCGUGGCGGUGUCUCAGGUGUCUCUCUUCUCCAAAGUCACGGCAGAGAAAACUCAAGGCUUCAGCCAAGGCGUCCGGCGCUCUGUGGGGGGCAUUGCCACGAUUCUGGGCCCUCUGUGGGCUGGUGGAUUGACCAAUAACCUAUACAUAAUGCUGGGGAUGAUGCUGGCUCUGCUCGCUAUGAUCUCUGUGAUGACAGCCCUUUCCUACGAGCAUCUGACUGAACCCAGACCAGUGGAGUGUGCCCACAGCUCCGACAGUGGAGGAUAA